AUGGCUAUAGAAUCCUCCUCUGACCACGAUGAUGCUGCUGCUGUCGUUCGUGCUAAACGACGUAUUGCGGCUCUGGAACAGGAGGUUGAGGUUCUCAGGGCCAGUAACAAGCGGGUCAAGCCGCAAAUCGACUCUAACGUACACAAAGGACGAGCCAUCCGUCGGCUUGUGUCCUUGUUUGAUGGACUCGAGGACCUCAUAGCUGAAAACGACCGACGUGAAGAGUUGCUGGACUCAUUGGAUUUGCCAGAUCAGCUUGUUUCUACUCAAGACGAGGACAGGACCAUCAGAUCGUUCAAUGAACUACUUCGUUGCCUUCCCUGGCUCAAAAAAAAACUUUCGUCGGAUGUUGAUGAACUUGAUUACAUUUUGAGAGAUCUGCGUAAGGGCGCGGACAGCGCCCGAGGGGAUGAUACCGCCAAUCUCAAACAUGUGAUUGUCGCGUGGCUCACUGAACUUUUUCAUCCCCUGGACCCGCCCCUUCACACGAAUAUCAAAGACGAUCGCGGGUUCAUCCAUCACAUCACUGGCAAGCUCUUGUGUCCCGUAGAGUAUACUUGGUCUCUCAAUUUGACUAAGGAAAAAAUCAGGGACAGGGACCCUGACUUUCUUGUCACAGCAUACUCUUGGCCAGCAAUGUUAUACCUGGAUUACACUUUUGACUCUGGCAACAUCGAAAAGGGACUGUUUCGUUCGGCUCUGCUCCUCAAGGCCUUCAAACAUAUAUUCACAUCUCCAUCUUCUGCCAAAGAAGUUGAUGGUGAUGGUGAUGGUGCUGACGCUAUUGUAGCCUCUCAACGCCGCCGGUCCUCUGAGAGCGACAUGACUACUCGUAGUCACCUUCGGUUCUCCCUCUCCAACGUCAAUUCCUGGCGGAGUAUUGACGGAGACUUCGACUACUACGUGUUCUACAACAACAUUGUUGAUUUUUUCGAAGUCGCACCUGGCAUUGACGCACAAGCCCGCAUCAAGGAGUUGCUAAAGUGGUGGAACAGGAAGGUUUUUGGAAAGACUCGGGCUAUACCUCUUACACCAGCGCAGCUUGGGAGGUUCUCCGUGUCUAGGAUGACUUCGCAGAGGGCUGUUCAUGAGGGAGGUUCUCCUUAA